UAAACGUCAAUUUGAAAUUUAAAAAGUUUGAAUACGAACGUCUGGCUAGUAAACAUUAUUGUAUAUUUCAAGAUAUUUCGAAGAUACUUGUAAAAAGAAUACACUAAAACAUAAUACAAUUAUAUGUAAAAGAUGCCUUCAGUGUACACAUUCUCGCGCAGUGACAACGAGAUUCUCCAGGAAUUGUUGAGGGUAUUCAGCUCUGCGCGUGGGACUGCUCGUGAGCAAUGGUCCAUACAGGCAGAGUUACUGGUGGAGCCUGUAGGAUGGGAUGCUUUGUGGAAACUGUCUAAGGAGUUUUGUAAAAAGUUUGAAGUGAGAUUCCCAUGCAUAGCAUAUGUAACGGUAACCUCUGUGGACUUUGAAAACCUGUCAGCAUGUGUUGAUGUAUUAAGUGUUCAACAUGAAGCUGUGUCGUUGCCAGAAUCAGUAGUAGAUGUCCCCCUGAUAGAGUUAUGGCCAACUACAAAUCAACGGGAGCAGUGUAUUAACGCUGCUACAACUGCUGAGUUUAUUGAUUUGUUGAGAUUCUACUAUGAGAACAUAUGGAUGCCAUGGGACGAUCAAGAUGAUAAAGUACUUCUACCGAACACCAUUGAGGAUCGGAUGACACUGUGGUGUGAUCUACACAACGGUACAAUACCAAACAGUGUGCUGCAGACCAUCACUCGAAUCCGGAAUAGUGCUAUCAAUGCUCAUGGUAAACUACAGGAGCUGGACUCCUCACUGUGUGAAGGGGAUCUUGCUAAUGAUGAUGACUCUCUUCUACCUGCAAACUACAUAUCCUCAUGUGCCGAGAUGAAUGCCCGACUGGACGGACUGAUGUCACAAUGGACUUUGUAUGAAAAUCCUCUCAUUAGGGAACAGUACUUGGCUAAGGCCCGGAAUAAACUACAGAAAAAGAAGAGUAGGAGAAAUGUAGUAGCUCUCUGGCAAGGCGGCACAGCAUUCGAAUUCGAUGAGAUAUCGAAAUUCCUUUGCUCUCGAUUGACAAACGAACACACAUUGACCGUCAUGGUGUCUUCAGAGGAUGCUUUAACCAUGGACCCUGAAGAAGUGGUGGUGUGCAGCAAGCAUUACGAUAUACCAGAGAUGCCGUUGUCGCAAAUAUCUAUUUGCAGUUAUAAAGGCGCGACGCUCCGAGCGUCCGACAUGCGGUCGUGCCUGCUCAUGCUGAGCGAGGAGUGCCGCGUGAGGGACGUGACGCUGCACUGCGCGCUCGUGAACACGGUGGUGGUGAUGCGCGCCGGCACGCUGCAUCUCAACAACUGCGCGCUUCUAGACGAUUCCACUAACUCGCAGAGCGACUUCGCGCAAGGUGUGGUGGCGAUGGCUGGAGCGAAGAUUCUCAUGGAAGGCUGCACUUUGGAUAACUUUUAUUCUGGCAUCGUUGUACAUAAAGGAGCACAGGUGGAAUUACGCGAUUGUAUAAUAAAAAGAUGCGGCGUCGGCAUUCAGAUGUACUCCGGGUCCCACGUAGAGCUCAACGGCACGAUAAUAAUGGACUGCACGGAACACAGCAUACGAUGCGAAGUCGAUUCAGGAGCCAUGGUGAAGCAAGCCGAAGUGGAAGGUCUACAAGUGAUGGCGAAUUGCAAAAUCGGGUCGGGCAAUCUCCAAAAAGAAGUGUUGAUUGUUGAACAAGAUUCUAUUUGAAUACCUCUGAUAUUAACAAAGAUUAAAUAUAUUAAUUUUAUUGUAAUUUAGUUAUUAGUGUCCAUUUUAUUUAUGCAAAUCUUAAAAUGUAAUGUCAAUUUAAAGAUCCUUAGUGAUUCAAUUAUAAGAUUACAAUACUUCAUAUUGAGUUAGGGUUCUUUAUGAAUGGUUACUUAAUAAGUCUCUUAAUUGUUAUUGGAAAUUAGAUUUGAAUGUUCGUGCCUGUAAGAAUAAAAAAAUGGUGUCAAUAAUUGUUUACUAACUUCGUACUUGGUUUAUAUGGUUAUAUUAUGUUAUAUUGUUUUAAAAUAAUAAGUAUUAAAAUAGUAAUGGCCAAAUCUUUUGAAAACUGACUAUUUUACAUCUACAGUUCUAGUAACUUAUUAUAGUGUUAUUUUCAACAAGACUAUUAUUUUUCAUUUACAACCGUUUUCAAUGAACAAUCCGAAAUCCAAUCUUUAAUCUGAUACCAAGAAAGAACCUUUGUUCUGAUUGGUCAAUUUUUGAGAUGGAUCGAAAAAAGCGAAUGGGGUCGUUUAUUGAGAAUGGCGGUUAGUAACGCAAUGUCAAAAUGAUCCUGUAUAAUAGUGUGUCAGUGUGUUUAAGUUGUCUAUAAUUUUUAUUAAAAUAAACUGUAGUAUAGUAGUUUUGGUGCCAUAAAUUGGUUUCACACGAAUUUAAGUUAUGAGCAGCUUUAAUUUACUAAGAUAAUUAUAAAUUCGUACAUGUAAUGUUAUUAUUAAAAAAACUAACAUUCCUAAUUCAAA